AUGUCCUUCAAUCGCCUAUUCGGUUAUUUCUUUGAUUCCGAAGUUGGUGCUGACGACCUUAAAGUUCUCGACAAUCUUGCGUCACGACUUCUUCCGGUAGUGGAGCCCUACCGCAAUCCAUACAAGACCGUGUACGGGGCAUUGGCGAGAGGCUCUCGACCCCUCCGUAACGCCAUCCUUUUCGCAUCGACCCUUCAUCUAACUAAACUUGGCGAUCUUCCCCACGACACGAUUAAGACCUAUCGAGCAGAUAUGAGGGACUCUUUUCGCGAGGCGCUCCAGGCAGACGAAGAGAUUUGGAGCCUAGGGGCUACAGUUCUCUUGUCGAUUAUCUUUGACGUUAUUGGAACUGGGAUGGAUUCAUGGAGUUCCAAGUUGGUGGGAUGCCGUCGACUGCUGGAACAGGGUCUGUCAAGAUCAAAAGGCCAGGUCAGCUCUGAGAUGAAGUGUGUGCAAACACAGUACAACUGGAUGUCGACGAUGGGGCGGACACUCCUCCUAGGAACCCAGCAACUCCAAAUGAUGGAUGAUCUCGCGCCCCUUGAGAUACUCCCAAUCCAAGAACCUCGGCUCAACACUAUUCACGAUCUCAUGGUCCAGCAACACCACUGGUGGGCAAAUAUGCCAGAUUAUAGCAUGCAUAUUCUGCUUCGUGAAGUCGCCGAUCUCUCCAUCGCUGUCCAUAACAUUAAGUCUCAGCCCGACAGCACUGAACAGCUUCUGCAAAUGAUGCCCGAGGUAGCGGAUGUGGUGAGAAAGAUCGAAGGUUGGCAGCCAGGUGUUGCAUCGGUGACUCCAGGGUACAUGGAUGAUACUCAACAUUUUAACAGCAUCUGGAAGCAAGGCAUGCUGUGUUAUGUAUAUCAUGAGAUCUAUGGUCUGAGCUCCAGUAGUUCCUGGAUUCAAGCAUGCGUGGAAGUAUCUCUGGUGGCGUUUGAGAAGCUGUCCUGGCUUCAAGCAUGUCUUUGGCCGGCUUUCAUGAUUGCUAUUCAUGCGCAGACGGAAACUGCGAGAUCCACUUGUGAAAAUGCGUUCAAGAAGAUGCACUCUACGUUGGGGUUCACUGCACCACUUUCAAUAGUGUUAGUGCUUCAAAGUCUCUGGGGAACCUUCGACAGCGAUGGCUCCGGCACGGCCAAGUGGAGGACUGUCAUGGAAAAUCUGGGGAUGGAAUUGAAUAUUUUACUUUAG